GUGCAGGUGUCCACUGGGAGACUGUAGUGAUGAUUAUCUGUCAAUCACAGCAGAGCCGGCCCCCGUCAGCAGUUUGUGACCAAUCAAAAGUGGGCAAGAGGGCGGAGUCGGUCUGAUGACUGCCAGACGAGACAUCCAGUCUCAUUCAGAGCUCCGCCUCCUCUCUUCAGUUCAGCGAUGGUCACAUAAAAGCGCAGAGACAUUUCCGUUGCACUCGUUUUACGUCCCAAACAUGUAGACUGAACUUUAUCCAUUGGUGUUCCUUCCUUCAGCUGUUUUUUUUUUUAAAUUUGUUUGUGUGAUGCUCAGUGUGCUCCGCCUGCGCCGUCUCGUUCGCCAGGUGCCGCUACAGACCAGCUUCAUCUUCCUCUUCCUCCUGUGCAUCCUCAGUGUCUUCCUCUCUUCCUACUUCCUGUAUGCCGUCAAACAAAAGCUGGAACCGUCGCUCGCAGCAGGACGCUCGGCCGAUGACCUCUACGUGACCCCGUCUCGGCCCCUCCCCUUCCUGUCUGGAGUGGGCGGGACACUGUCGUCCGAUGGCUCCCGGACUGAUCCGGUCGUGCUGGUGUUCGUGGAGAGUCCGUAUUCGCAGCUCGGACAGGAGAUCGUGGCCAUCCUGGAGUCGGCGAGGUUCCGCUACCGGACGGAAAUCUCUCCCGGAAAAGGAGACAUGCCCACGUUAACAGACGGACAGCGGGGCCGCUUUGUGCUCAUCGUCUACGAAAACAUCCUGAAGUAUGUGAACAUGGACGCCUGGAACAGAGAGUUACUGGACAGAUACUGUAUCGAGUUUGGAGUGGGAAUGAUCGGCUUCUUUAAGGCCAAUGAGAAGAGUCUGUUGAGUGCGCAGCUGAAAGGAUUCCCUCUGUUUCUGCACUCCAACCUGGGCCUGAAGGACUGUACCGUCAACCCCAAAUCCCCUCUGCUGCACGUCACACGAGCGCGACAGGUGUUUAGCGGUCCUCUCCCCGGGGACAACUGGACCGUCUUCCAGUCCAAUCACUCCACCUACGAGCCGGUUCUGCUGGCUAAAACCCGUUCGGCUGAGAGCACUGGACUCAUGCACACUUCCGUGGUUCAGGAUCUCGGGCUUCAUGAUGGGAUUCAGAGGGUUUUGUUCGGACACAACCUCUCCUUCUGGCUACACAAGCUGGUGUUUGUGGACGCGCUGUCCUUCCUCACCGCUAAGAGACUGUCUCUGUCCCUCGAGCGCUUCAUACUGGUGGACAUCGAUGAUAUAUUUGUGGGAAAGGAAGGGACCAGGAUGAAGGUGGCAGAUGUGAAGGCGUUGGUUGAAACUCAGAAUGAGCUGCGCAGAUCGAUUCCAGAUUUCACCUUUAACCUGGGCUUCUCGGGGAAGUUCUUCCACGCAGGUGAGUGA